UACAAGAUACAAAAUUAGGUUGGGUCGUUACAGGAGAGAUUGGAUCCUCGUGUCUACUAGCUUUAAACACUGUAGGUGAAGUUUGUGAAAGCGAUUUUAGAGCUCUGUACAAAAAUGAACCUCAAAUAUAUGCGACCACGUCCAGACCUAAUAAAAGGUGUAUAGACGAGCAAGAGGCUCUAGAUCAUUUUAAAGAAACGGUAAAGCAUGACGGAACCGGUAGAUUCGUUUUGCGACUGCCAUUAAAGCCAGAAGUGCAUACGAUUGGAAGAACUCUAGAAAUGGCCACAGCAAGAUUUCUCAGCGUCGAACGAAGGCUUCAGCGCGACAAAGAGCUACGUCUUCAAUACACACAGUUUAUGGACGAAUACUUAAAAAUGGGUCACAUGAAGAAAGUGAGCAAGGAAGAGAAACAUACUAGUGCUACAUUCUAUCUUCCACAUCAUCCGGUAUUGAAACUAUCAAGUUUGACAACUAAGUUACGUGUUGUGUUCGACGCAUCUGCCAAGAGUACGUCAAACAUUUCUUUGAAUGAUAUGCUUUUGUGUGGCCCCACUGUUUAAGACGACUUAGUUGCAAUA